GCAUGCACCAGGUAUGCACGAUUUUUCUGUUUUAAAAUAGUGAUGACUGUCUGCGAUCUGCGUUGGAGCUAGCUCACCGCUGUGGCCAAUCACAGGCCAUCCAACACGCCCAGCUGCAAAGAAAAAAACAAGAUCCGAGACGCCAAGUGUCACGACCAGACCAGACCACAUCGUGUCGGGCUGACACCUGUUUGUUUAAUCACCGGUUCCUCGCCGUCUACCCCUAGUUAACCCCUCCACUGCAGGACCACCAUUAGUCUCCGGAGCAUAGUGAUUAGCGGCGUGGUUAGAUUAAUUAUCAGCCCCCACGAGGCUCCUCCCUCCAAUCCCGUAACCCUUCUCCCCGUCCUAAAUACCGGAGCGAUCGUCCCGCGGCUCAGUGGGCAAUUAAGUGUGAGCGUCGAGCCCGAUCUCCGACGAGCUCGGCCAUGGUUAAACUAGGGUCGGAGGGCUGGGUCCGUGUGAGCCCACGUAGGCCGAGCCCCGGUUCUGGCUACUGGGGCAUGUCGACCGGCCACGUACGCCCGCUUCGGUUCCAGGGCUUUAGGCUCUUCGCUGCUGCACCGGGCACCUGGUGGCAGUAUAUAUUCAACCGGUUUUGCUGGAACUAUGCCGCCGGCGCAGCUUUUCUUUCUCAAGGGCGUGAUCCCAAAAUAGUUCCAGAACCCUGGAGCGCCUGCUACUGGCUACUAAUAAGAUGUACGAUCCAUCUAUAAUAUAGGACACACAAGACAACUCGCGUAGAACAGUCCAGUCCAGAUCGAUCCACUAGCUGCGAGCCACGGUAAGAAAUGCUGAUUCGUACAAGCAGUAAUUUGAUACAUAUAACGGGUCCUAGUUGAACAAUGUUUACACUUAAUUAAACACCCUUUUGUCCUUUUCCCCUCCUCAGGUAAGUACACAUGUAAGCCUAACAGUGGAUGCAAUUUGGCCACUCUACCCUCAAGCGUCAAGCCAGCCAUCGGGUAGACUAUCACUGUAUACUCACUCUCACCCUAUUUAAUUCACCGGGGUAGGGGACCCUUGCUCCAUCCAAGUCACUCCCCUCAGCUUCCUUUUACUAGACGCGCUAGCUCCCAAGCUUUCAGCCCGAUGAAUGCAGUAGAUCAGAAGCGCCGGUGUCCUCGCUGAUCACCAGGCCGGCCGAGGGCACCUCUAAAACCCUCAAACUGUGCCCAUCAGCUCAGCUGCUAGCUCAUCCUUCUUGCGGUUUCCGGCCCUAACGCUGCACUAAAUUCACCGCUCUGAUCGCUGCUGGAAGGUAGCACCUGGUAGCUUGAAGCAAGAAUCAAUGGGGCUCAUUAACUGGGUUCAGAAUCGCUUGAAUACCAAACAAGACAAGAAACGCCCCACCGCCGCCGCCGGGAGCUCGGCUCGCAAUGCUCCGGCCCGGGCGCGCUGCCUCGACCAGGAAUACGACGCUCGCGAGGAGAGGAGCGCCGCCGACUGGAGCAUGCUCUCCAUCGGGACGCUCGGCAACGAGCAGCCCACGGCUCCGUCGGAGGACCAGGCGGUGCCGGACUUCACCGUCGAGGAGGUGAAGAAGCUGCAGGACGCGCUGAACAAGCUGCUCCGGCGCGCCAAGUCCAAGUCCAGCGCCCGCGGCUCCACCGCCGGCGCCGGCGACGACGAGCAGAACCUGCCGCUCGACAGGUUCCUCAACUGCCCCUCCAGCCUCGAGGUCGACCGCCGGCUCUCGCUCAGGCUGCAGGCCCCUGACGCGGCGGGCCAGAACGGGGGCGCGGAGUUCUCGCCGGACACGCAGAUCAUACUCAGCAAGGCCAGGGAGCUCCUCGCCAGCACCACCGGCGGCGGCGUCAAGCAGAAGUCCUUCAAGUUUCUCCUCAAGAAGAUGUUCGUCUGCGGCGGCGGCUUCGCGCCGCAGCCAAGCUUCAAGGAUCCAGUCGAAACAAAGCUGGAGAAGUUAUUUAGGACGAUGCUUCACAAGAAGAUGAGCGCCGCGCGACCGAGCAACGCGGCAUCGUCGUCAAGGAAGUAUUACCUAGAGGACAAACAAAUGGAGAAGAUCCAAAUGGAUGGUUGUCACGAGGAUGAGGAGGAGGAGGAUGACAACGGAGAAGAUGUCUCGAAGUGGGACAAAACAGAUUCAGACUUCAUUGUUCUUGAGGUGUAAACCGAGACCAGGUACAAGGCCAAGAUCAUUACGAUGUGACUUGAUUGUAUGCAUCUGAUAGAUAGAGGAUGAUGGAUCCGCAGUAAUCCAUAUGCUCCAGGUGCAGAAUUGAACGAUGAAUCAAUCAGAUAGAUAGAGGACGACCGAAUGCAUCAGGUUGUACUGCUGCAUGAAGAUCGCACGGUCUACAUACAUGCACAAGAUUUGAACUGAUGUUCAUAAGAGGGAUUAAGUUUCAGCUUAAUCACUUUAGUUACCUUUCUGUUUUUUCAGAGGCCAGAUAUAUCCAUGUUCCACAUAUAUAUAUACUACGUACUCCUUAUCAUUUUGUGUAAUACAAGUUACAGUAAUUAGUGCAUGUGGUGUGGAAGUGGACCCUCAUGUGUUCUAGUUUAAUCAAUGUGGCCAAUCUCAAGAA